AUGCAUAUGGCUGAUCAACGACAAAUUCAAAAACGUAAAAAUCGUAUUCGUUCUAUUAUUAAUUUUACACAAGGAAUAGCUAUUACUCUAUUUUUAUUUGCUAUCACAAUAGCUAUGUAUUUGACAGUUAUAUAUCGAGCUCAUCUUGCUCCACUUAUUAGUUAUGCUAUUGUUUUUGAUGCUGGUAGUUCUCAUACGGAAAUGUUUGUUUAUAAUUGGCCAGCUGAUAAAUCUGAAGGUUUAGGCACAACAUCAUCUGUUAGUCAAUAUUUUGUUUGUGGACUUGCAUCAAUGAAUGCAAGUGAUCCAAUGAGACCAAAUGAAUUUAUUAAACUUAAAGCUAUAUCUGAUUUUGAGAAUCAUCUUCAUUUAUUAUAUGAUUAUUUUGCACCUUGUUUAAAUGAAGCAGUUAUAAAAAUACCAUCAAAUCGUCAUAAAUUUUCACCUAUUUUUCUUGGUGCAACAGCAGGUAUGCGUUUAGCAAGUUUACGUAAUGCAACACGAGCAAAUCAAAUAUUUGAAACAAUACGUGAAAUAUUUUUAAAUUAUCCAUUUCAAUUUGUUACUGCACGACAAAUACGAACAUUGACUGGUAUGGAAGAAGCUAUUGAUAGUUGGAUAACGACGAAUCUUUUAUUAGAAAAAUUUAAACAUCGUCAUGAAAAAAAGAAACGAAUGAAACAAGUAAAUUCAUCAGAAGAACUUGAUCCAUAUAUGGUUGGUGUACUUGAUUUAGGUGGAGCUUCAACACAAAUAACAUUUACUUAUAAACAUAAUAUUAGUGAUGAACCAGUUCCAGCUGAAUAUAUAACAAAUAUAACUUUAUUCAAUACAGUUUAUAGUCCAUAUGCUCAUAGCUAUUUAUGUUGGGGUAAAAGUGAAGCAUUUAGACGAUAUCGAGCUCGUCUUCUUAAUUCUGCAUUAAAUAUUGAUCCAAAAAAUAUAUCAUCAUCAACACCUUUUCUUAUACAUGAUCCAUGUUUUCCUCGUGGUCUUAAUGAUUCAACAACACCAGCAAGUCUAUUUCGUUCACCAUGUACAGCUAAUGAAAAACAAUUAUUUAAUUAUACUUUUAAUAUGUCAAUAUCAUUUAUUGGUAUUGGUAAUGCUUACGAAUGUCGUCAACAUCUUAAAAAUUUAUUUGAUAGUAAACGUAAUGAUAAAACAGUUAAUUGUUCAUAUAAACAAGAAUAUUGUACAUUUGAUCAUACAUUUCAACCAAAAUUACCAAAUACAAUUCGUUUUAUUGGUGUUUCUGGUUAUUAUUAUGUAUUUGAUAAUUUAGUUUUUGGUAUGCCAAAACCACCUACAGCAAACAGUGAACGACAUAGAAUAAGAGAUUAUUCACCAAGCGUAAUACAAAAACGUCUUAUUAAUGUUUGUGAAACAGAAUAUGAAAUACUUUAUAAACAAGAAUCAAUGAAUUCAAAUAAUGUACAACAUAAACGAGCUUUAUGUUUUGAUGCUUCGUAUGUAUGGCUUUUAUUAACAUAUGGUAUUGGUUUUACAAAAGAUGAUUUAAAACGUGUAAGUUUUGCAAAAUCAUUUCCAACAGGUAAAGUUGGUUGGACACUUGGUUAUAUGAUUAAUCAAACAAAUUAUAUACCAGCUGAAUAUCGUGAAAAACGUAUAGAAAAAAAUCGAUUUAUUAGUGGAAUAACAAUAUCAUUAAUAAUAUCUUUAAUUACACUUAGUUUUCUUAUUAUUACAUGUUAUAAAUAUAUAUGUCAUACAUAUCAUAAACGAACAAAUCAUAUAAUAAAAGAAAAUAAAGAUGGUUAUAUUCAACCACAUCAACAAUCGAUGGUUUAA